CCAUAGUGUCUUUGGAAACACAUCAAUCAUUUUACUCAGAUAAGUUACGUGUUGAAAUUUCCUUCUCCUUUUGCAAAGUACGAUUUUCCGGUUAAAAAUGGCUGGACUUAUUCGACAAUUCCUUAAGCCAAAUUUAGUAUAUCGUAGCUCUUCUAUUUACACGCAAACACACAGAUUGUUUUCCGCCGAAGGAAAUGCACCUCCGCAAACAUUCAACAAGGAAGUUAUUCAAAAAUUGGUAAACUUAAACAAAGUUGUGGUGUUCAUGAAAGGAAAUCCAGAGGCCCCUCGCUGUGGUUUUAGUAAUGCUGUUGUCCAAAUCUUACGCAUGCAUGGUGUGCAAUACGAUGCUCAUGAUGUGCUCCAGAGCGAUGAAUUAAGAGAGAAAAUAAAGGAAUUUUCCGAUUGGCCCACCAUACCACAAGUUUUCAUCAAUGGCGAAUUUGUUGGUGGCUGCGACAUUAUGCUCCAAAUGCAUCAAAGUGGAGAUCUAAUAGAAGAACUAAAAAAAGUCGGUAUUGAGUCGGAGCUUUUGAAAGAGGCAGGAAAUACAGAUCCGAAAAAGGAUCAAAAAUAAGUUAACUAGCUGUGUACAUUUGGGAUGUUUUCAAAUGACUUAGCUUUAGAAUAAAUACGAAUAAAUUGUUUAAUUUUUGUUAUGCUGUAA